UUUCUUUUUUUUUUCUCUUCUCCCUUUAAACUCCCCCUUUUUUUUUUAACAGUAAACAAAUAUGCAGUGUUUCUCGAAAAGAAUGAUGGCAGCUGUCACGACACGCCGUACCUUCAGUUCUUCACUUUUUGCAAGUCAUAAACAAAACGCUAAAAAGCAACUCCAAGGUACAGGCACCAUACCUCAAAAAGCCGGACUAGCGAACCCACAACAAGUUUACCUUGACUGGAAUGCACGUAAAACCAGUGUCUACAACAAUUUUUGGUUACGAGAUCAUUGUCAUUGUCCUCAAUGUUACCAUCCUGUGACUCGUCAACGUUUGGUCGAUACUUUUUCUAUCCCACGUGAUAUCCAACCUGUCGCCUUGGAUAGUACAGAAGAUGCCUUGGACGUGACUUGGCCUGAUGGGCAUCAAUCGCGUUACCGUUGGGACUGGUUACACACCCAUUCUUACAGUCCCAUCUUGCGUACAGACGAACCUUUACAGACAAAGAGACCCAUCCUCUGGGACGCUAACCUCAACGUACCGGCUUUACAACACGAAGAAGUCAUGGAAACCACACAAGGUUUAAAAGCAUGGCUUGAUCAAUUAGAGACCUAUGGUAUUUCAUUUAUCGAGGGUGUACCCACCACAGUGGAAGCGACCGAAGCCUUGGCACGUCGUCUUUGUUUCUUACGAGAGACACAUUAUUCUCAAGGUAUCUGGUCCUUUACCGCUGAUUUAGCUCAUGCCGAUACAGCCUACACCCAAUUGGCUUUAGGAGCGCAUACGGAUAACACCUAUUUUACGGAACCUGCGGGUUUACAAAUGUUUCACAAAUUAGAAUUUGAAGGCCAAGGUGGAGAUUCCUUAUUUGUAGAUGGGUUUCAUGUAGCGAGAGAAUUAAAACGAUUGCAUCCAACUGCGUAUCGUACAUUAGCCAAUACACGCGUACCUACACAUUCAGCGGGUGAUGAACAAGUCCUGAUCGUACCUACCCCACGCGCUCAUCCGAUCUUGAACCACGAUGAUACAAGCGGGGAACUUUAUCAGAUCCGAUACAAUAAUGAUGAUCGGUCCACCUUGGAUCAUUUGAGUACAGCACAAUUAGAUGAGUUUUAUGACGCCCUCUUUCUUUGGCAUAAGUUAUUGACCAGUGCUAAAAACGAAGUAUGGGAUACCUUGAAUCCAGGUCGUGUGGUGACCUUUGAUAAUUGGCGCGUAUUACAUGGUCGUAGUGCCUUUACAGGUCAUCGUCGUAUCUGUGGUGCUUAUUUCCCUUGGGAUGAUUAUAAAUCCAGAGCGAGAACGUUGAAAAUGACACCUCAGGACAAAGAUCGUCUCUUAUAAAAAAAAAAGGAUUUGUUUAUAUAGUUGAAACUUUAAAAAUAGUUCGGUAAUGAUCAUUACAAAUGGAAAAUAAACAAUCUGUAUCAACUAUAAAAAAA